AUGACAACAACAAACGAAGAUACGUUAACGACAACAACUUCUCAAUCAACAACCUUAACAACAGACCCAGGAAUUACUUCAACUAUUACUAGAAAUCCGACAUCUACAAUGGAAGAAACCACAACAAAUAAAGAAACGACAACUUCCUUUUUAACCUUAACAACAAAUUUACUAAAUACAUCACAAUUCACGACAAAACUAACAACUACAACAAAUCAAGAUAUAACUUCCACUCAGUCCACAACCUUAACUUCAGAACUAACAUUACAAUCAACUACUAACCCCACGCCAACAACGAACCAAGAUACAACCAUUUAUUUUCAAUCCUCAAUCUUAACAGACGCAACAACUUCCUCUCAGUCAACAAGCUUGACAACAACUUCACAAAUAACAUCAACAUCCACUACAAACCGAACAACAACGAAACAAGAAACAGCUCCCUAUCAAUCUUCAAAUGUAACAGCAACAACAACUUCAGAAACAACAUCAUCGCCCACGAUAAAUCCGGUGCAAACAACUUACGAAGAAACAACAACUUCCUCUAAAUCUUCUUACUUUACAACAACAAAGUCACCUAGAACAUCAACAUUGACUACAUCGAACCAAGAUACAACUUACUCUCAAUCCGGAACCUUUACUCCACAUGCAACACCGUCAACCACAACAAACCCAAUAACAACAAUCAAACAAUCAACCGAAAUCGAAUCAACUACAAGUUCAGUAAAAACCACUGAAGGAUCAAGAGAAGCACACAGGGAAAUAUCCACGGAACAAAUUGACAAGUCCACUCCAAUUGGACCUAACGACUCCGCAGAAUCAACACAGUCCAAAGUCAAAAAUACUCAUUUGAUUUUAGGGGCAUCUGCUUCAUUACUGGGACUUGUAGCAGUAAUGAUAAUCAUAGGACUGAUAUCUAGAGGAUGCAAGAAAUCGAAGAAUAAACACUCAGAAAUCCAGCAGAAUGAUGUUAGACAGUUCAGGGACUGGAGAGAUCAUAUUCUAUUUGGAAAACCUGUGUAUAAUGCGGAUUCUUUCUCAGACCUCAGUCACAAGUUGUACAUACCACGUGCAACUCUACGAAAUUUCAAUUCCAGGGAGAAAUAUCUAAAUAUCAACGGGCAAGGAUAUCACAGAUAUUGA